AUGACUUCCCGCAGCUUGAGUUGGCCAGAUAACCAUAAACAGGGUGCUCCAGAACGAAAUACAGAUAUUUACUUUCCCAAUGACUACCAGCCGCCAUGCAAAGACUUUGAUAGCCUUUUGGAAAGCGUCAGCAACCAGAUCAAGAGUGAGGCAGAAACUGAGUGGGGUCAGCAACGGGCAUCUGCCAACACGGGCAGUCAUUCUCCGCUGAGAGAAAAUUACAAAUUGGAAGAGCUUGGAGGAACCAACCCGCGCAUCCAUUUGCGACGGGGCUGUACGCUGGAUGACAGUGACAGUCUGGGGCCUGGACAAGUGCUUUCGGAUGUGGUCUUCGAUUUGCUACCAGCAGGUUCAUCUUCGGGUGCUCCGCCUACGGAUGAAAUUAAUCUCUCCGGCGAACAGGGUGAAGGUGAGUUGGCUUUCCCACCCGGGGCUGUAUCUCGCCAUCUUAAAAGGCACUUUAAAAAACUGGUUUUUGUUACAUCCCGUUCCAUAAUCAAUUGUGAGUUGAACAAUCCUGUUGUCCGUUUAAUACUCAAAAUGAAGUGGUCGAGGGAGUAAAAGGUAGAUUGUGGGGGAGAGACAGCGUCCACCAGGAAGGCAUCCAGUAUUAGUUAUGUAAACCGUGCGCAACUCUGAAUGUUAAUGACAUAGUUUAUGCAGACAUCUUAGAGACAUUACGUUAUGUCUUAAAUUUUGUUACGAAUUAUGAUUGGCAAAUUUAGUUUGGGAAAUUCGACUUAGCUUAACAUCUUGCAGCAUAUGCCAUUUUCUGGGAGAGGGGAGACAGUUAAUGGUGUCUCAAAGGGGAGGAACUGAGACGCAUAAAAGUUUCGGGGAGUCGAAAGCUUAUUAAUGAUUACUUGAACGUGGCCCCAGAAUGAAACCUAUUUAAAAAUAAGACUAGCAAUGGGCCCGUGAAGGACAGGCUUCGAUUCAAGGGACGAUGAACCGGUAAUGAAAGUGCAAAAACGAAUUCCAAAAACCCCUUUUUCCAAAAUGAAAAUGACCAUGUUCAAGUUUAAAGUAUCAAGCUGAUUUGCCUGAAAGCACUAGGGUUUCGCAUGUACUAGCAAUUACCCGUAUAUGCGUAAAUUAAAGACAUGAGCUCGGAAGUGGGCUUUGUAGUUACUUGUUAUUGGGAAAUAGUUAGCUUUUGAAAACAAGAAAGUCGUACACUGAGUGUUUGCAAGCGUAGAAAGCUGAAAAGGCACCAAUGGUGACCUUCGCUCUUGAGCCGAAAAUUUCUGGAAAUAAUGUUCUUCCUCAGACCAUUGCAAUUUCGCGUGACUACGAGAAUGCGACAUGAUGGCUGGCGAAAGGGCAACCGGGCCAAGGGAGGGAGCAUGAGGGAUCGGAGUGAGAUCGAGCAGCACCCCAGUGAACAGAAUUCUCGCCAGAAAAGCGAUGUUCAAAAGUAGUUUCCGGAAUGACAUACAGAGACUUUUCGUUGUGUCAGGGAACACCUCGAUGCAAUUCCUAUGAUGUUUAUGAACGUAAUACACUGUGAAUAUUAUUAUAUUGUGGACUAUUGCCGGUAUUGUCAACUGUUCUGAAAAGAAUUGCUUGUUAAGCUUACUAGCUCUCUUUUUCGAGAGAAAGCUCCGGUUUUAUCAAAAAUACGGCAACUUUCCACGAGCGCGAUGCGUUAUUGAUACGUACCAGGCCCUUUGAUCUAAGUGCCAAUGACAGGGGUUCAAAGUGUGUUGAAUAGCAGAAGAAACUGAGUGGCCGCCAACUGCAAUCUGUCCGACUGUCAUACUACAAGAGUGCACGCUGUCCUUUAUGAAGAUGAGAGGCUUUGUCGGAGCCCGGUAAAAGUAAACAACCUUCGCUACGUGUAUUUAGACGUCUCUGGUACGGCUUUGACCACGUCUGAUCCAUCCUGUGCUAGGAUGAUGAGAGAGCCAAUAUCGCGCUGUUAAUACUGGGCUCUAAGGAAGGUGCAUAUUACCAUCAAGGCUAGAGACGGCAGCUGUUGUGCCGGUUCUUCGAAGAGCGAUGAAAAUCUAAAAAAAUUCAAUUUUCAGUCCCGAAAACAUGCAUGGACCCUACGAAGGAGGGGGGCUUAUUGAAACUAUAAGUCUCAUCGGAAGUGAGGUCGAAUGCAGACCGUUUUCUUAAGUUAUGUCUUUUGGAACGUUAAUAUCACUGGGUACUAAAGGCGUCUGCUCAAGAACAUCUAUUUGUUAAGUUCAAUCAGGUAGGGGUUGUAGUUUGUGCUUGGAAGAUAAUACGCUAAAAAAUGAAGUAAAAAAGUUGUUUGAAAUAGCAAGAGUUGGCGGUCGCUGGGUCGCUCCGCUGCUGGAAUAGAAAUAGGUGUAGGCAUGCUGGGUUUGGUGAGAGCAACUUAUACGUGUUCCCCGCCAGGACAUAGAAAUGGGGACGCCCCCCCCCCCGUAAUACAAGCGGCCUUGCACUAAAUUCCAGGAAGGGUACCUAUUUCCAGGUACCUAUUUUCCAGGUCCCUAACAAACAAAUUAGUUCUAUGGCUAUCCUUAACCCCUCCCCUAAACCCAACACGGAUUUCCUUGAAGUCUGUAGUGCUAUCUUUAUUGCGGGCAGCUACUUACCUGCGCACAUAAGCGUUCCUUACCUUGGACCUCACCAAAUGGGAAAAUUAGGGCAAACAAGAACAAGUGUCGAAGUGGUAGGGAGUAUUUAUACCGGUACCAGUAUUAUUAAGGCUCUGCAACAUGUGUCUGCUGCUAUCUUAUCCAGAAUAAGCCAUUUCUGGUGAGUGCCUUGUUUGGUUUAGGGCGUUGAUAUAUUUUGAACUUCAUUUUCUCACGAAAUAUACUAAUGCAACGCGGUGAGAUGUCUGCGCACUGAGUAAGUUGCAGCACUAAGUAGGCUCGUCCCGUCUAGCCCGUAACCCCAGUCUAGAGCUCCGCAGACAGUUGCAUAACUACCAAUAAAAAUGUAGAGGGAAUACUGACUAAAAUAGAGAGGUUGACAUGGUCGUUUCUGAUCUACCGGUCAUCACCAGUCACUCAUGCCCCGACGCCAGGUUUGGAUAGCCCGAGGUGGCAGACUCGCACUGUUUCGUCUUUUAAAAUGAAUUCCAAUGAUCUGUCGUUAGGCCGUGGUUCAAUUGCCUCUUCGUUUCGACUGAGAAGAACGCAUAACGUGGAUGGGGGAGGGAGGAGGGAGGGAGAGCGUUCACCGAUUUGGGUGCAUUACGGUAAAUGGUCGUUCUGUUUUGCCUUGAGGUGGAGUAUGACUGACUAACGGCGGCUGAUAAAACAGAACCGACCACCAUAGCCUCCGUCGUCUUCAUCGGCAUUUCCUCCAAAUACUGACGUGUUCUGCUCAUCGGAAGUGCUAGCUUCCUCUGACCCGACGGACAGUAUUAGGUCUCAACAAAGUCCGCAUUGUAAACGAUUUGAAGUAUUUUUAGAUGUCUGUGGUUACCAGAAGUUGGGGUUUUGGCGCACGUAAGCUGUCGAGUUCACGUUAACGUCGACCGAAGACAGCCACCAUAGGAACUUAUCCCUAAUGUCACUCGGGGUUCAAGUUAACCUCUUCAGGAAAGCAACUGCGUAGCACAUAGAGCCUUCGACUAGACAGAAAAUGAACUCAUCGGGACUAGGUUACUGGCAAAAGUGAAUGUUCUUAUACGAUGGGGGUUGGCGCAUAUGCAUUGCCCGUAAUAACGUUAAAGCCGCCAGUUUUCGAUUAACUGACAUCCGUCCGCGCCAUGGCGUUCGACGUGAAGUCUUGGUAUAUCUUCUGGUCAAAUUUGGAGCAUGGCAAUAAUUCCCUGCAGGAUGUGGGUCCGAGGGGAAACGUGAUGUUUCCCGUUCCUUCAUUUAGUAUGAUCCUUUAUUUUGUGAUGGCUAAUUUUUACCGAAAGAUAGGCAAAGAAAGUGGUUUACGAUCCUGAGAGCGCGAAGUGCCUGGUUUCAAAUUGCAACCAGAUUAGUGAAGGCCAGCUAGAUAAAAUCGUGUCUAGAUUAAAUAGACACGCGAGUGCUAUUGUGUGUGCAGGCAAUGGCAAGGCCGGCGUUAGAUUUUGUCGGCAAGGCCUUAAGUAUUAGGCUGUACAGUAUCUUAUCUGCUAGGUUUUUUGAGAUAUUACUGUAUGGUAUAAUAUCUUUGCUAGGAACGACCUCCAGCAUUUGGAGUUGAAUCAUUUUCUUACCCAUUAUGGGCCACCAAAGUUGGAGUACUAUGCAGCAGGUUUAUUACUUUCCUUCAAGUCGCCAGCCUGUUCCGGUUGAUUUCCAGCAAUCGAGGUACUAUUAUUAUUAUUAGUAGUAGUAGUAGUAGUAAUAGUAGUAGUAGUAUUACUUGUAGUAGUAGUAGUAGUAGUAGUAGUAGUAGUAGUAGUGGUAGUAGUGGUAGUAGUAGUAGUAGUAGUAGUAGUAGUAGUAGUGGUAGUAGUGGUAGUAGUAGUAGUAGUAGUAGUAGUAGUAGUGGUAGUAGUAGUAGUAGUAGUAGUAGUAGUAGUAGUAGUAGUAGUAGUAGUAGUAGUAGUACGCAUGUAUUAGACGGACAUAUCAAAAAUUCUCGCCCAUAUGGAGCCUCGCAAAAGGCAAAUUCAGAAUACACUCGCGAACCAUCCGAAUUUUCCCACAAAACUUGACAUCCUAACGAGGCGGCAUCCGAAAGCGAUUUCCUUUGUUCCUGUCUGUUGUUGCAGGCUAGUUGAUGUUGUUUUCGCGCGUAACACAUUCUCGUGCCUGGGUAAUUUUCAGGCAUGCUUCGCCGUUUGUGUUGGUCUGUCCCCCUACUGGCCAGUUCGCUGGAGAUUUCACGGCGGCGAAGAGGAUGGCGGUCUUAAUUUGUACUCCCCCCCCCCCCAUCCACCACCCUCUGUCCGAUCGCCCACCAUGAUCAGAUGAUCCUGUUCCAGGUAAAAGGUCGUGAAGGGACGUCCCAGUUUUUGGAGACCUGUUUCAUGCCUUGAAGAGAGGGAGUUCCGAUAGGCAGUUAGGGAGUGUUGUUUCCAUAAGAUGCGAUAAAAAGGUCAGUGGCUAGCCAGGGAAAAUAUGUAAAAACACAUUGAUGGGGUAAGGCCACGAGCAGUUACUAGUUGACGGUCACAUUACUGACUGUUGACAUAAUAUGCGGACGUUUGAUAGCGAAAUUCUGAUGACCGACAGCUCCCUUUGUCGCAGAAAUGGACUCAUUUAGGAAUGUUGGAAAAAUGGGCAAUUUUUUCCUGCCGUAAUAAGUAGCCUUGACAGUGUUUGCCGGAGCAUUCCAGCUGCUCGCCGUUAAGAUGUGACAGUUGUCUGUUGGGUGAGAUCCUAUCCGAAAUACUUCAAGUGGGUGGAAAGCAAUUUGGAAUAACAAAUUAUCUGAGAAUUUUCAGGCGGAUAUUGUUCGUGCCCCACUGGCGUGUGGAUUGUUGUUCUUGGUUAACUGACAUUCCUGCACAUAUGCCGGGGGUCCUGUGUUGAUCAUAGACGGUAGUGAUACUAGUGUAGAAGUGUAUGUGCAGGGCGGUUAGAGCAGUUCAGUAGAUUCCCAGCAGAUGCACUCUGGCAGCUGUGUCGACCACGCGCACGGCUGAUCUCAGUUUCGCCAGAGACUGGCAUACUCUGGUUCAGGAUAUGUGCCGAUGAAUACGAACCAACAGGACUUCAAAGGGUCAAAACACACGCAAAGCCUACCAUAACAGCUGGGGAAUUGGCAAGAGUGUGGUUUACUUACUCCGAGGAUCCUUUGUGCUGAACAAAAGAGGUGAAAAUCUAAGAACUUUGUUGUAUUACAAAUUGUAACCAGUUAAAAGGGGGCACUAUUUUUACCAUUUAAUGAGAAAAGUAAACGCAUUCAAUGCCCCUUCGCAGGCAUUGUUAAAGAGGUAUCACAUCGGUGUUUUUUUCACUCCGAUGACUACCAUAAAGCAUCUCGACUAUCCUCAUGCAGCAGCCACCUCGAGGUCUUUUUACCUCAUUCUUAGGCAUGUACAAAUAAAUAGUGACCGAUCUUAUGAAAUGUUGGCUGAACUUCUUAAAUGCGUUUCCGAUUAGGAAGGAUUACUUAAGCGCUUUUGUAAUACCAAUUAAAUUGCAGAAUAAUCCUAUAAUAUUUCGGACUUGGCAGGAUGUCAACUUUAGAAUGCACAUCUACUUGACCUCCGGCAGAAACUACACUCGGACAAAAUCGACUACUUAAGUAGCGUAUAUUUUUCCCGUUGACUCUCGAUGGCCUUGUUAAUCCAAAUAUAUUUUAUAUAAACCACGAACAAAAUAUGCUUUAUUUUGGUCGUUUGAUAGAGACUCACAUUAUCUUUAUAUUUCAUACUCGAAGAAGAAAUAUAAUUAGGUUUUAAAAAAGUUUCUAAGUAUGAGAUUUUUAAGACCGUGCAGUGUCCAUUCAUACAGCAUUGUACCUGUUCGUUUACUACUGCUCCACAUGAAAUGUACAACGUGGUCCACAUCCACUGCAGAAUUUUAUGAAUUCUAUAUGGUAUCUUUUUAAAGGCAUAGAAAAAUAUGUGAUUUUCUUUACGCGGAACGCAUACACCUUGUAGACUGAAAUCGUUAAGCGCAAAUGCAACAACUGAUCAGUCUCCAAAUUAUUCGGGAAUUAGAAAACUUUUUCAGACCUAAUUAUACUCCUUCUUUGAAUAUGAAAUAUGAAGAUAACGUGAUCCACUAUCAAACGACUAAGGAAAGGCCAAUUUUUGUGAUUUCUAUAAAAUAUAUUUGAAUUUGCUAGACCAGCGAAAAUCAAUUGGAAAAUGCAUACUAUUUAAGUAGCCAUUUUCACCGAGUACGGUUUUUACGGGAGAAUGAAAAGCCGUGCAUUCAAAAACUGACAUCCUGCCAAGUCCGAUUAUAUCGUAAGACAAUCACCGUUGCAACCGUACCAAAGUAAUCCUACCUAAUCGGAAACUCAUUUCAGUCAACAUUUCAUGAGAUCGGUCACUCACUGUAGCUCCUCGGAUUAAGUAAUUCGACCGUAAACCACACCCUUGCUGGGGCACAACUCUUUCCGUCAAUGUCGCUGAAAAAAUCUCCGGCUGAAUAUCUCUCAUCCUCCUGACCUCAUACAUCUAACUGGAAAUUUUUAAGAGCCACCUAGACCUGACGCCAAAACAAUGAUAUCAUUUUCUCUGUUCGACGACUGCAUGAUAAAUAUCGGAAAGUUCGGACCGGUAUCCACAUGACCUCCUUUGCAAAUCUCAGAUAGUUUUCGUUUUUUCUUCAAUAAAAGAAGGGAUGGCGGUUGAGAAGGCUGUUUUUUAGAAUCAGUGAAUCUGGUUUAAAUUUAGGAAAGAUAAAAGUGCGCACAGAGACGAUACCAAUUUUUUCUCUAAACUGUCACUCCCUUAUCAUGCCUUCCUAUAGAUUUAUUUCAAAAGUAAACCCUUUGCAUUCGCUUUUAGGAAUUUUCGCACUAACUGAAGUUUCCUCUUGACGGGAAGCUAGCCUGUGUUUUCAAAAUGUCUUCAUUUUGGAACUUCUUAUGAUGCCUGCGUGAGAACUCAAGUAGUCCAUAAUUCGCAAGUUUUGAACCCCAUGCACAAGUCUUGCAAUGUGUUUAACAGUCACUGGAAUAUUUUUCGGACACCAAGCGGUCUCUAUGUAGUCAAUUGAUGUGAUAAGUUGCCUGCCUGUAGGAAGCCCGCGUGGCGUAUGGCUUGGGAAACGCGUAGGAAUCCGGAGCCGAAAGACUGCUGUUUUUCGACCACAAACUUUAAAAUAAAAAAACAUUCCCACAAGAAGGGGAUAAGGAUGCAUGACCUGCUGGAGGCAUAAUUGGAGUUACGCAAACCGGCGGGAAGAGUUGCUGCAGAAGUGGUCACUUGAGUCGUCUUCAAUUAAGUUGGUAUUCUUUAUGCACCGUCGUUCCAAUCUUGCAAUCCAAUCGUUGAAGCCCCUCCACCAGAACAAAAUAUACUAUGUCCGAACGCCACCAACAAGGCAACAGAUUGUGCUUUAUUUUCAGAGCGCUUCAUUUAGAGCCCAGUGACUAAAGCACUUAGAUUUGAGGACAAGGCUGACUGCUCUGGCUUUGUUUGGUGGACAGGGCUGACCAGCAAGUCGAAAAUGGUCACCCCGCACUCCUGUAUCUAUAUCAGCACUCCUUGCGCAUCGUUGUUUUCCACUUUUUCGACCACCUCUGAGGACACUCAUAUGGGGCUCUAAAACAGGCAAGCUGGUGAGCGCGUUCCGUUGUACAACCAAAAGCUGGCGUGGAAUCAUGACUCAUCCUUCCUCCGAAUCAGUGCGGAGACCACUUAAUCACAGUUCACCAUAAUCACAGUUUCACCAUAUCACAGUUCACCAAAUCUUUAAGCCCACGUUCCCCCAAUUCGGGCGCAUAACCUAUAUGCGCUGCUUCACUUCAUGCCGUCGUCAAAGUGCAUUAUGUCGGUAGUAUGUUCAUUUUUCCGGAGCGGUAGUAGUAGCAGUAUUAGUAGUAGUAGUAGUAGUAGUAGUAGUAGUAGUAGUAGUAGUAGUAGUAGUAGUAGUAGAAGUAACAGUAAUAGUAGUAGUAGUAGUAUUAGCAGAAACAGGUAUUGUCGACGUCGCUGCCAGUGCAAACGUCAGAGACGACAGCAAGAGCAGCCAAUGUGGAUAGGCAUAGCUACUGCAUUUUUGCACGCACCUUUGUACAUGCGUCGUGCUCGUCUGAUUCUGCCUGUGACAUGUGUAAUGUUUCCCCAAUGACCUCUGUAUUUAAAGAAUGCAGUUCCUUUGCCAGGGCGUAUCUAUCCGCAUUAGCAGCUCCCGAAUUCACUACAGCUUCGGCUGUACAUUCGAACCUUCUAGAUAAUAAAUCUUUUGUUCCAGUCAUCAUGUCUCCUUCGCAUUUUUGCUUGUCGUAAGAGUUGACGGUAUUAGUAGCCCGUCGGAGGUCUUCAUAAGAGACAAAUGACUAAGCGCGUGCGACGCUGAAAAAUGGGCUAAGUAGGCCUUUGCAUAAUUUUUCGGCGGACUACAGACCAGCAUAUUUUUUUCAAAAAGCAGAGGAGGGAGUUUGUCGUGUCCGGGAAGAGUAUCCUACUAGAUUCGAACGGUAUGCGCCUUCGAUCCUGCAGAGCUGCGCUUUUGCAAUGCAUUCCUUCUUUGCCUCCGACUCCCUCGAGUUGUCCUUUUCAUCUGCCCACACAGGCUUGUCGGGAAUGUAUGCAACAGCGGAGGGAUUUGCCGGCCCUCGGGAGCCAGAUGAAGGCGAGACGGAUAUGGAAGUGGCUUCCCUGGUGGACGCGGACAACCAAAAACAUGCCUCCUCUCUCUCCCUGGCAUCCUCCAAGCGAAAACCCAGAAUCCUCUUCUCCCAAGUGCAGGUCUACGAACUGGAGCGACGUUUCAACCAGCAGCGCUACCUAUCGGCGCCGGAGCGGGAGCAGCUGGCGCUUCUGCUGAAGAUGUCGUCCCAACAGGUGAGUGUCACUUGACUUGUCUGUCUGCUCUUUAUCUUGCGAAGAAGUGUUUGAGGGUGUUUGAUGAGAACCAGUGGCACUAUAGAACAGCAGUGAAUUUUAUGUGAAUUAGAUUAUAGCGAAGGGUGAUGUCCGCCGCAUCCACUUCGCUAUCUCUUCCCCUAACAAUCAGGUCCUACUGACCGUAUUUGGUCAAGACGUGUGGAGCUGAGCUUGGGAAAAACGGCUGCUUAGGCAUUUGCUCCGCUUCAAGAGCGACUGUGAGAGCUCUCCCACCGUCAGGAAUCACACUCCCCCCCUAUCUCGGAUAAAAUAGUCGGUGCAGUUAUCAUGAGGCUAAUGAGUGACUGAGCUCUUCGAGUGUAAUCCCCCCUAAUAAGAAUGUAAUUACUUGAACCGUCCGUAUGAUAAGCAGGGAACACAGUCGGUAUCUCAUUCGAACACUGUGAAAAGUGAUCUUCUGACUGCGGUUUCCCUAGUCAUCCACGUCUGUGGCACUGGCCUAAAAACUAACUGCUUCAGUAGGAUGGGGUUUUCGAAUAUGUCAAAUAACGGACAAGUAGAUCAUCUCAUGUUGCGUUUUGCAAGAAAGUGAGCUGUCUUUAAAAGUGCUUGUGUGGAUGAAGAAUAAUUAAUCAUUCGAAAACCAAACUAAGGAGGUGGAGGGGGAGAGUCUUUAGAUAGUGGUCGUUUGAGGAUACGUGCAGUUAUUGUGGAGACACGUUUGUCCUAAGCUUGCUCAUUGAACACCCUGUCAAGGAUGUUCCCAAACGGUAGCAUGAAGAUGCGUAUGGCAUUCUAUUGGAUAAAAUACUUCCCACGUAGCUCGAAAAUCUUGAGGAAUAUUAAAAAGACUAGUAUAGUCUCAAAAGUGUCUUAAGGUUUCUGAUAGAAGCGAACAGACGAAUUCCAGGAGGCAGUUCAGAAGAAGAAGAAGAAGAAGAAGAAGAAGAAGAAGAAGCGAUCACUGGAACAAGAAGUUUAUCGGCCCGACGUUUCGGAUUCUCACUGGAACCCACCGUUAGAGACGGUUGCAGACAAAGGUUCGAGUGAGAAUCCGAAACGUCAGGCCAAUAAACUUCUUAUUACAGUGAUCGCAUCUUCUUCUUCUGUGUCUUAAGGUGUUAAUCACAAAAUAUAAUAUGCCUUCGCACACGAAAUUGUAGUGAGUUCUUAUCCCUGAGAAAAAGAAGAAGAAGAAGUAUAUUGGAUGGCUGCAACACAAGCUCCUUCGUCUGACUCAUCAGAUUGACGCACGAGUCCCUCUGCAUUAGCCAGAACUGUUUUUUCGCCUUCGCCGCUCUGUGACGUGUCUGUGCUUGGACGAUUACGUUGCGAAAUUGCGUUUUGAUGUUUUCUCGAGUCCUCUAAAUUGAUAAGGGAAGGGGCGGUGGUGACUACUUCGUUAUGCGCCCUCCUAGUUGCACUAGCUGCAAACGAUUAUUCUUAUCAGAUGAAGCUAUUCCAUCUUCUCUACUGGCUAAUCAUGCACUCAGAAAUUAGAAACAAAGGGUUACCGAGCUUGCUUUGAAGAGGUCAGAAUAAAGCAUUUCUCGGAAGACUGUGAACCUUCGCUGCCUGUAUUAAGGCCCGUCAAAACCGUGUGGAAAGCGUUAAUUCUUCCUCCUUAGUGUCUGGGAUAUGUACAUCGAUGGGCUACGGUGACAUCGUCAGCUACAUACUACACGGGAGCUUGUGAAUCUAGUUGUGACAGGAGUGUUCACGAGGGCUCGAGUAACGAAGGUGCGGUUACGUUUGAUCAAAAGGAGAUUGAGGAGUGGGGGGACAGAAUUCGACUGAUAAAGUUGCUUGCUGACACCGCAACGCCUUGAAUAGGCUUGUAGUUGUUCUCUAAUCCUAUAUUUAUGCCUCCCCCUCCACUUCUUCUUCUUCUUCUUCUUCUUCUUCUUCUUCUGACUUCUUGUUUCAAUAGACGUCACUGACUUGGAAGCACUUUUUUCAGGAGAUAACUUACGUCGAAGGCAGACUUGCAGUUGCCGAAGGACGUAGAGAGUAAAUAAAAGGUUGUUUAUUCUUCGAAGAAUCCCUCUUUUACAGUUAACCGCAGCAUCUCGGUUUGACAGAUCUGAUCGCCGAGGACUAACGGAACAUGAGUUAUUCAAACCAUGGUUGCGGUAUAUGGAACUGUCAGGUCUUUGUAGAGGGUAUAAACUGUGCUCGCUGUCACCACUUUCAUACCCAUGGGCUUAUCUAACUAUGCGUGUGUAGUACAGCCUACACUGACCAAUUUCUCCCUCUAUCUGACCUAUUUUUGUUGUUGGUUAGAAUCCUGGUCAAGUGUUUGUUGUGGACCAGGAGGUGUGGUGGCAUGCCUUGGUAGGCGUCAGGCGGUGCCAGCCACCUGCGCCCUCUCUCGCCUUCGGUCUUCUUGACUCUGUCUUGACACCGAGCUCCGGCGGCGGCGGAGGAGGAGAGAGUGCUGCAGAUGCUGUGCAAGUCUACUACCACAAUAAACUAAUUCAUGCACAAGUCACCGUGCCUGCUCUCACCUUGCUGUGGAGCCCACGGUGGGCAGCGUCGGUUAAACUGUCGGACUAUGACCAAUUUCCUGUCACCAGCGAGGAACCCGGUGCAGCUGGAGGUCAAGUUCGCCGGCGAUGUCGACAAAGUUUGCAGGCUGACUGUACUGUUGUUUGA